UCUCCGAGAAGCCAACACCACACGCCAUCUUAUCCCAUCCUCCACCUUUCAUAGCCAUUCUCGGCUUCCUUGAUGUUGAUCCGUGCCGCAGUCCCACAAGUCCACCACCCAUGGCUGCCUCCGCCCAUUGCCCCCGCCCUUGCCGUCGUUCAGAAGGUGCCACCUGCGGCCAUCUCCUGCCGCCUCGGCACGCCGCAGUUGCGCAGCCUCAAGACAAGCCACGGCCUCUGUAAAGCGAGGCGAAGGGUGAGGUACGAAGAAGAAGAUGAGGAGGAGGACACCGAGGAGCAUGCGCAGAACUCGGAGAUCUCGUUGAUGGAAGCUUACAGCGAAGCAGUCAGAGAUGUGGCUCUCGUUGUCCGGGCAACAGUGGAUGGCGAAGAAGAGACUGUGCUCGUCUUUAAGGGUUUCUCUUCUUGUUUGAGCUCCAGGACCUCAUAUGAUCCAUCCAAGAGUGUUCUUCCAGCGAGAGCAGUCAUCGAAUGCAUAGAUGUGGUGAGAGGGCCAUUCGAUCCCUCCAACGUGGAGUACUUGGAGAAGGACUUGACAUGGGAGGCCUUCAAGACUCGUCUGCAAACCAACAACCGAUGAAAUGGUUCAUCAACCAUUACUUCUUCUUCUUCUUCUUCUUCUUGUCCUCCUUACAAUGCUGUGGCUGUGGGAUGCAACACAACCGUAUGUAUCGAAUGCCAAGAUUGCAACUCCGUUGAAUGGACAUCGACAACAUAUGAAAUAUUAAUCC